CUUAGUGGCAAAAUUCCUUGAAAGCUCCAUCUCCGUGAAAGUGAACAGCACAUAUGGAAACUCCUCAAGAAAUGUCGUGUGAUGGAAAGCCACAGCAUUCGGGUGAACAGAGAAGAAAUGGAAAGGACUUCAGCACUUCUUGGGUCUCGUCUCAAGGAAUUGGAGCAAGAAGCUCAUUUUGUUGCAGGAGAGCAGUUUCUUAUAACAAGUAAUAAUCAGCUUCAAGAGAUCCUCUUCGGCAAGCUAAAGCUGCACCUGAUGAGUCCCAUGGAGACUCUUCCCAGAACAGGGCUGCAGAGACUCCCGUCCACAUCAGAAGCUUUAAAUGCUUUGCAGGACCUUCAUCCAUUACCCAAGAUAAUUCUGGAAUAUAGGCGGGUUCACAAGACCAAGUCAGCCUUUGUGGAUGGAUUACUAGCUUUUGUGAGAAAGGGCUCCAUUUCCUCUAUGUGGAAUCAGACUGGAACUGUGACCGGAAGACUUUCAGCCAGGCAUCCGAAUAUCCAAGGUAUCUCCAAGCACCCAAUUAAGAUUACUAAACCGCAAAAUUUUAAAGGUACAGAAGGCACGAUGCUCACCAUUUCCCCAAGGAGCAUGUUUGUUGCACCCGAGAGCCACACCUUCCUGGCAGCAGACUUUUCACAGAUUGAAUUGCGCAUUCUUGCACAUUUGUCUGGGGAUCCGGAACUUUUGAAGUUAUUCCGAGAAUCUGGAAGAGAUGAUGUAUUUUGUACGCUGACUUCACAGUGGAAGGACAUUCCCCCAGAAUGUGUGACAUAUGCAGACAGAGAGCAGACCAAGAAGGUGGUGUAUUCCGUGGUCUACGGAGCAGGGAAGGAGAGGCUUGCAGCGUGCCUUGGGGUUACUGUGCAGGAAGCUGCCCAGUUUUUGGAGAGUUUUUUGCAGAAGUACAAGAAAAUCAAGGACUUUGUCCAAACAACCAUUGCCCAGUGUCACCAGACAGGCUACGUGGCAUCCAUCAUGGGCAGGAGGAGACCACUGCCAAGGGUCCAUGACCAAGACCAGCAGCUCCGGGCACAAGCAGAGCGGCAGGCGGUGAACUUCGUGGUGCAAGGCUCCGCCGCAGACCUCUGUAAGAUGGCUAUGAUCCACAUCUUCACGGCAGUGGCCACUUCCCCUACCCUGACAGCCAGGCUGGUCGCCCAAAUUCAUGAUGAGCUGCUAUUUGAGGUGGAAGAUUCACAGAUUCCAGAGUUUGCAGCUCUUGUCAGGGGCACCAUGGAGUCCCUGCAAUACGUGCCCCUGAAGGUGAGCCUGAGUGCCGGCCCCUCGUGGGGACACCUGGUGCCGCUGCAGAAGUCUCAGGCCCUUGGCCCAGUCCACCUCUCACUGAGUCUCCAAGCAACCACCCAGCCACCGCCAGCCCCCUUGUCAGCACCUACCCCCGGUGCGCGCAUUUUUCUCCUUCAUUUUGUCUGUAGCCCCAGGCAACAGUGGGAGGAAAGAACUGGUUUCCACCAGUCCAUUGUGUGGCCUUCCCCAAGACACCAGGAAGGAGGUAGGCCUGAUGCCAUUAUGGGGCCCCACACUUCACCCUACCCCUCAGAGGUGCCAAGUGGACAGGAUGCCUGGGACCCCACCCAACCCCUGGCCCUGUAG